UUUUAAAUUUUCUCAUUUCAUUCGUUAUAAAAACUAGCUUUUAUUGCUGAAAAGUAAGAGAAUUAAAUGAAGUGAGAUAAAACAGGCGAAGGUGUAACACUGAAAUGUCCGAGCUCGGCGCGUGUCCCUGAAGUAGAUGAAAACUUGGUCAACAAGCCGCUCUCAGCCCGGGACUUCUUCCUCACUUUGGACCGCGGAUUAUCGCCUCAUCGCUGGACAACUCGUGCGGCCGGUGGAAGCAGAACCGAGAGAUGCCGCUUCUCCACAGGAAAGCCUUCAUCCGACAGAAACCUCCCGCGGACCUGCGCCCGGACGAGGAGGUGUUUCUCUGUAAAAUCACCCACGAAAUCUUCCGGACCUACGAUGACUUCUUUGAGAGGACCAUCCUCUGUAACAGUUUGGUGUGGAGCUGUGCUCUGACGGGACGAGCCGGCCUCACCUACCUGGAGGCGGUGGAGAGCGAGCGGCGGGCGAAGCAGAGCCUCCAGAGUUUCCCUCAGGCGCUGGUGGUGCCCCUGCUCCACCUCGCCGCCCAGAGCCAGCGCUGCCGGCUCACCGAGCUCUGCGAGGACGUCUACACCUUCGUCAAAGACAGAUUCUUCCCCGGGGAGACGGUGGACGUCACGGGACACAAUGGAGCCAGACACAUGUGUGAGAUCCUCCAGGUUCACUCGCCUCAUUCCAGCGCUAGCGGAGCUCCAGCCGCUAACGGCCACGCGAAGUCGGCCGACGGCGACGCCAUCGUCAUCAGCGACAGCGACGACGAGAGCAACGCCUUCCAGAGUCCCACAGCAAAGAUCAACGGCAAGAAGAAGAAGAAGCCUCUGAGUCCGUCCGUGUUUAAAUACACCGUGAGGAUGAUGAAGGACGGACACAACGAGCCCUUCACCGUCAAAUCGAAUCAGAUCAGCCGAAGGAAAACGACUCUGUCCAGAGAACGACUGAAGCUGCUCUUCAAGCAACACUGUGAGCCUCACAACGGGUUCAUCGCUCUCAAGCCCUCCACAGUGACCAAGUACAGACUCGGCGACCACAAGUUCUCUCAGUUCUUCCCCGAUGAGCCGCCCCUGUUCCCCUUCAGCCCCGGCUCUAAAGGUGGAGGCCGCGCAUCACCUGGACAGGCGAGUUCGUCUCUGCUGAAGGCGGCGGAGGAGAAACUGAAGCUGCUGCAGCAGAGAGACGAGAUGGUGGCGGCGAGUAAGGACAAGGCUCGGCUGAAAAGGGAGAAGGAGGAGGCGCAGGAGGCCAAGAGGAGGGAGAGGGAGGACAAGGAGAAGCUGAAGGAGGAGCAGAGGCGGCGGUUUGAGGAGGAGAAGCAGAGGAGGAGGGAGGAGAAGGAGAGCAGGAAGCUGGAGAAGGAGAGAGAACGAGAGAAGCUGAAGGAGGAGAAGAGGAAAUACGCAGAGCGGCUGAAGCUGUGGAACAAACCCAGAGAGGACAUGGAGUGUGAAGACCUGAAGGAGCUGCCCAGUCCGGUUCCGGUGAGAACCCGUCUCCCAGCUGAGCUCUUUGGAGAAGCUCUGAUGGUGCUGGAGUUCCUGCGGACGUUCGGCGAAGCGUUCGACCUGAAGGACGAGUUCCCUGAAGGCAUCUCUCUGGAGGUUCUGGAGGAGGCUCUGGUUGGUUCUGAUCCUGAAGGUCCUCUGUGCGAGCUGCUCUUCUUCUUCCUGUCGGCCAUUUUUCAGGCUCUGGACGAGGAGCAGGAGGAGGUGGCCAAAGACCAGGCUGAGGACCUGUCGGAGGCUCUGGACGACGACUCCGACGCCACGAGGUCGGCUCUGAGCGCCGUCGCCUCGCUGGCGGCCGCGUGGCCUCAGCUGCAUCAGGGCUGCAGCCUGAAGCAGCUGGACCUGGACAGCUGCACGCUGUCGGAGAUCCUGCGCCUGCACAUCCUGGCGUCCGGCGCCGACUGUAACCACGGCAACGCCAAGCUCCGCUACCAGAAGCAGGGCGGCUUCACCCUCAUGGACGACCCGUGCUUGGAGCUGCGAUUGGCCGAGCCGGCGCUUCUGAAGAAACUGUCGUCCACGUCGGUGUACGACCUCACGCCAGGCGAGAAGCUGAGGAUCCUUCACGCUCUGCUGGGGAAGCUGCUGACGCUGUCGUCCAGCAGAGAUCUGAUCGAAGACUGUGUGGAGGAGCAGAAAGCAGCCAGACAAGAACUGAGAGAGAUCAGGGCUGAACAACAUCGCCGGGAGAGAGAGGAGGCUGCACACAGAGUCCGUCUCCGUAAGGAGGAGAAGCUGCGGGAGCAGGAGCAGAGGAUGAAGGAGAGGGAGGAGAAACUGAAAGAACAGGAGGUGAAGGCGAGACUGCAAACCAACGGCGACGCUCCCACUGAGCAUCACACUGAGGAUGAGGAGGAGCCAAACUCUUCAUCCAAUAAUAAGAAGAUGAAGAAAGGAAAAGUCGACCACAAAGAAAAACAGCAGCAGCAGACGACCUCUGACCCCAAACCCUCGUCCUGCCCCCCCUCCAGCCUGAGUCCAGAGGAGCUGGAGAAAGAGCAGGAGAAGGUUCGUGAGCUGCAGGAGAGGAUCCAGAAGGCGGCCGCCUGCACCUGCCUCCUGCCUCUGGGCCGAGACCGUCUGUACCGCCGGUACUGGCUCCUCCCCUCGGCGUCCGCUCUGUUCGUGGAGGAGGACUGCUUCGGUCUGACCGAGGACAUGCUGCAGCCUCGGCCCAAACCGGCCCAGGAGGCCGCGACCAAGAUGGAGGAUCAGGACGUCAUCAAGGACGAGCCGGCCGAGGGAAGCGCCGGCACAAGCCCCGCCCCCGUGCACAGCUGUGGCCCGCCAGUCAAACGUCCCAACCAGUGGUCAUUCUACAGCUCGAUGGAGGAGGUGGAUCAGCUGAUCGAGGCCCUGAACCCUCGAGGACACAGAGAGAGCAGCCUGAAGGAGGCGCUGCAGCAGGAGAGAGAACGACUUCAACAGCUGCUGGAGAACUGCGACGACAACAAAUACAGACACCCAGAUGACCCAGAGUCGUCCCGAUCUGUCCCAGAAUGCACCUCUGCAGCUGAGACUCUGAUGGAGGUGAGACUGAGGGACCUGCUGCUGGACAUCGAGGACCGGAUCCACCAGGGAACUCUGGGAACUCUAAAGGUGAUGGACCGACAGGUGUGGCGCUCGGCGCUGGAAGCAGGAAACUACGAGUUCCUGGGCUCUGAGGGCAGAGAGAACUCGGGGAUGAACGGACGAGUGGAGGCCAUGGAGGUGGACUCUCCCCACCUGAGAGGCAGAGACAGGCUGCAGGAGCUGAAGUCCGACGGGUCGGCGCCGUGCGGGACCAGCGGCAGCGGGACUCCUCAGGUCGUCAGCAGCUCGGUGCGAAUCCUGGCUCAGGCCCUGAUCCACAUCGAGCAAGGCAUCGAGAGACGCUUCCUGAAAGCUCCGCUGGGUGAUGAUGACUCGAAGAAAGACCAGAAGACGAAGAAGAACAAGAAGAAGGAUGAAGACCAGGCCAGUGAUGACGGCAGCGACAGCGGCCGAGUCAUUAAGACGGUGUUGGAGAGAUGGAGGGAGUCUCUGCAGUCCUGCUCCAGCUUGUCCCAGGUGUUUGUCCACCUGUCCAGUCUGGAGCGGAGCAUCCUCUGGUCUCGGUCCGUCCUCAACGCUCGCUGCCGCAUCUGCAGACGCAAAGGAGACGCAGACAACAUGCUGCUGUGUGACAGCUGUGACCGGGGACACCACACCCACUGUCUCAGGCCCCGCCUUAAGUCGAUUCCAGAAGGCGACUGGUUCUGUCCAGACUGUCGACCCAAACAAAGGUCAAGUCGCGUCCCGUCCCGCCAGCGCUCCUCCAUCGAUGAGGAGGAGGAGGAAGAGGAGGAGGACGACGACGAGGAAGAGGAAGAAGAGGAGUCUGAGGAGGAGGAGUCUGAAGAAGAGGAGGAAUCAGAAGAGGAGGAGGAGGAAGAAGUCGUCGUGAGCACUAAGAAAAGCCAGGCUCCGCCUCCCAGAGGGAAGAGCCAACAGGCCACGCCCAAAUCUCAACAGGGCACAUCCAAAUCUCAACAGGCCACGCCCAAAUCCCAACAGGCCACGCCCAAGAACAGCACUUCUUCAUCAGGGAAAAACUCAUCAGCCUCCAAGUCCUCAGGGAAAAAGACCACGCCUCCGACGUCGAAGGCUAACGCGGCGUCCAGCGGUAAAGCCCCGCCCCGCGCCGGGACUCGGAACAGUGCCCGUCUGAGCCAAGAGAUCCUGGCGCCAAACAGCAACGGCAAAACCUCCUCAGGUCAGAGCGAGUCCCGCAAGAGGGCGGCAACAGACCCUGCCCCCCCUCCCAAACCAUCCAAACCUGUCCUCCCCCCGUCCUCCUCGUCCUCCUCGUCCUCCUCGUCCUCGUCCAGCCGUCGCUCCUCCGGGAGGAACCAGGGAGUCCACGAGCUGUCGGCCUGCGAGCAGCUGACGGUGGAGCUGGUGCGACAUGAGGACAGCUGGCCCUUCAUGAAGCUGGUGUCCAGGACUCAGGUUCCUGACUACUAUGACAUCAUCAAGAAGCCGAUCGCCCUCAGCACCGUCAGAGAGAAAGUCAACAACUGUGAAUAUCAGACGGCAGGUGAGUACAUCUCAGACGUGGAGCUCAUGUUCUCUAACUGUCUUCAGUAUAAUCCUCGUCACACUAACGAGGCCAAAGCCGGCCUCCGCCUGCAGCAGUUCUUCCACUCGGAGCUCGUUAGACUCGGCCUGUCGGAGCGCGGCUCCACCCCGCCUGCCAAGCGCACCCGACACUGAACCAAGCGCCCCCUCGUCUCCAUCCCGACACUGAACCAAGCGCCCCCUCGUCUCCAUCCCGACACUGAACCAAGCGUGAGAGGGGUGGGAUUUAGAAGCCAACAGACUCUUAGUGUCACUUCCUCCUUGACCUCUGACCCCCCAUCAACCAGUCACGGACCGCAGGGGUCACAGGUCAAAGCUCCGCCCCCUCUCCCCUGAUCUCCACCCUUUAAAUAAAAUCUCCCGGAGAAGAGUCGAGUCGAUAGAAACGUAGACUUCCUGCUGACGUCGAGGGCAUUUUUUCUGUCCCGUCUGAGAGGACGGACGUUGGACACAUUCCUGGUGCUGUAGGACAGUAGAGACAGUAGCGUCCCGGACAAAUUCUUCUCAUGUUUUUGUUUUAAAUCCAGAAACAAACAAAAAAAAAAAACCACUAAGGCUUUGCACUGGAGAUCAAACUCAGAUCAGGACAUUAAAAUUGCUCAGGGACAAAAAAAAAAAUUUGAAUAGAAAUAAUUUUGUUACAGUGCAGCUGAUUUUUACUGAAGCAGUCGAGGUUUGUAUGGAAGUCUGAGGAGGACAAAAUUAGUGAAGCGACAUUUAAUAAAUUAUUCAUAAUGUUUAAUUUAAAUAAUAUUGGGAAAAAAGCCAAACACAUUUGAGAGAAUUAAAUAAAUUUUUAAAAAGUAUAUAUUUUUUCUUACGUCAUUUAAAAGAUUAUUUCUUGUGCCUUCAGCUGAAUUUAUACAACAAAAACCACCUGUUGUCUCUGGACCAGGUCCCUGCAUAGUUAGCUUAGCAAGCUAACAUUUUUGUCGUUAAAAUGCUACAAAACUGGACUUUUGGAUUUAAUUUCCGAGUUCUCUCGAUUAACGGGUUAAAUUUUACUCUCAGAAAACAAACAAACAAACAAAAAAACAGAUGAAAUAAGGACUCGCGUUGAAAUAGAACAACCCAGAAAUCAAUUAUCCUGUCAAGAAAGUGAGUUAGUUUGUGCUAAUGCUGCUAGCGUAAACAUAGCAUGAACUGGUGACCUGUGUUUUGAUUCAAUUCCUGUUUUUUUUUUUUGGUUUUUUUUGACAGCAGAAUUUAAACCGUUCAUAAAAAAAAUUAUUUUUUUUAACAACAACAACAAAAAAAGUAGAUGAAACGACGAUAAAAACCUAAAUAAAAUGUUGGCAAGGAUUUUGUGUUUAUCCAGACAACAACAAAAAAAAAAUCUAAUGAAAUUUAUAUUUAAAAAGAAAAAAAUGUGCAGAAGCUGCUGAUGUAUUUUCAAAUAUCCAAAGAAAGUAUUAAUUUUUAAAUGUUAGCCGAUACAUUUUGUCUAUUUUAAUUUUGCCAUCCACAGACUUCCAUGUCUUCGCUGCUGCUCCUCCUCUUUCCGCCGCCAUGUGACGGAAACAGAAAAUUCAAAUGGUGCUUUUUUUUUGUCUUUAAAAUAAAACCGUAAAGAUCUCAGGACACAAAAUAAAACAGAUUUAAUGUGGAGCAGAAUCAUCUGUAAAGGGAACAGUUCGACAUCUGGAUCUGUUCCUUUAAGACCUCGCGCCUCAGAGGCCUCUGUGGAUUUGUAGUUUUUGUAUUUUGUUCUCAUUUCUUUUUGACUACUGCGACUUUUCCUGCUUUAGUUUUGUUUUGUUUGGUUUGUUGUUGCUUCCUGACGAAGAUGUGUUGACGUGGAUGGAGGUCGGCUGUAGACACUACCCUCCGUCCCGCUGUGUAUUUAUUUAGCUGAAGCCUCUGCGUUCUUUAUUUAUGACCGCUAGCCGCCGUCUUCCCUCCAGAUGUUCUCUCACCUGUUUGUUUGUUCUAAUGUAAAAAUAAAUUGACUUUUUAUAAGCA